CAGAGGACGACCUCCUCCUCUGCUCCUCCUCCGACUGACAAUCGAACCACAAUCGACUCUCCGUCGCUCCUUCCAGGACUCUAACGAUCGCGGAGGUCUCGGCUUCUCCGCACGCCGCUAUCGAGCGACCAUCCGCGGCGACUAAGUGGGGGGUUCCCCAGCUGAUGAUGCCCUUUGCAGCGGGCCGGUGAGGAGCAACACGGACCCCGGUUCCCCCUUCCAGCAGCUCGGUGUCGUCGCCCUGUGAUGGACGGACCUGUUCAUCGCUCAGCGGGGAUCCUGGGCUCCCCCCCGGCUCCCGGGACUCAGCCCACCGCCUCCGACGUGCUCGGCACCGGUACCGGCGGCGGCGGCAGCAGCAAACCUCUCGCUUUCUCCAUCGACCGGAUUAUGGCCAGGACGCCCGAGCCCAAGUCGAUCCCACUCCCCAGCUGGUUCCGCUCCGCUCCCGUGGGGAUCGCUGAUGUCUGUCCAUCCUCGCUUCACUGCAUGAUCCCGCUGGUGCCGCUGGGUUACGAACCGGGCCACCGGCUGAGCAUCACCGGCUUGGACGCGGGACACCCCGAAAACGCUCCGGACCUUUUGGGUUUUGGACUGAGCUACAAGAACCAGCAAGAGGACCCGGCUGCGACUCAGACCGCCGGGCAAUACAAACUUUUCCGCCCGCGGGUGGUGAACCAGUCCCCCUUCCCGGCCGUGAGCACCGUGUGCUACUUGAAUUGCGGCGGGGACGGGGCCGCGUGUCCCCCGCCAGCCGGACUUGUCAACCUGCACCCGAUGGCUUCGUACCUGCUGAGCGCCCGGCACAAAGCCUUGCUGGAGGAGAAGAGCAAGCCCAACCUGCAGCAGGCCGGGGAGCGGUACCCGGGCUCCGGCGUGCAGGCCUUCAAGGACCUGUCCCCGAGCCAGAUCCACAGCUACAUGAAGGAGCGGGACCAGAUCUUGACGGACAAGAUCUUCAAGAGCUCGGCGGCCGCGGCGUCCCGGCUCAACGGCUCCUGCCCCGGAAACAAACCCAAAGUUUUCACAUGCGAGGUGUGCGGCAAGGUGUUUAACGCGCACUAUAACCUGACGCGCCACAUGCCCGUGCACACGGGAGCGCGGCCGUUUGUGUGCAAAGUGUGCGGAAAAGGCUUCCGGCAGGCGAGCACUUUGUGUCGUCACAAGAUCAUCCACACUCAGGAAAAGCCCCACAAGUGUAACCAGUGUGGAAAAGCCUUCAACCGCAGCUCCACGCUCAACACGCACACUCGCAUCCACGCGGGAUACAAGCCGUUCGUGUGCGAGUUCUGCGGCAAAGGAUUCCACCAGAAAGGAAACUACAAGAACCACAAGCUGACUCACAGCGGCGAGAAGCAGUUCAAGUGUUCCAUCUGCAGCAAGGCGUUCCACCAGGUCUACAACCUGACUUUCCACAUGCACACACACAAUGAUAAGAAGCCGUUCACCUGCCCGACCUGCGGCAAGGGUUUCUGCCGGAACUUUGACCUGAAGAAGCACGUCAGGAAGCUGCAUGACCCCAGCGGCCUGCAGUCGCCGCCGCCGCAGCCCUGAUCCUCAGCACCGGUCAGACCUGGAACUGUGAAGUCCUCAUUCAGAUUUAUGUCCUCAAAGGAAGAUUUUUAUAAAUGUGAUCUGAAGUAAUGAGUUUAUUUAUUUUGUUCCCUCCAGUUCGUUUAUUAAAUCAGUAUUUGGUGGCAAAACAUCACACAAAGCCAGACGUGUCUGUGUUGUGCAGCAAUGAGUAUUUUUACAGAGUUUAACACAUGACCUGAUCCAUUCAUGGGUUUGUUCUGAGAUAUA